AUCGUCAGUCUCUCUGCCUCACUGGAGCAAGAAUGGCUUCAAACUUGUGGUCAGAGGAGCACUUCAACUGUCCAGUGUGUCUGGAGCUAUUGAAGGACCCAGUCACUACAGCAUGUGGACACAGUUACUGUAUGGGGUGUAUUAAGAACUGCUGGGAUCAGACUGAUCAUACAGGUGUCUACAGCUGCCCCCAGUGCAGAGAGACCUUUACCCCAAGGCCUGUUCUGCGCAGAAACACUGUGCUGGCUGAAGUUGUGGAGAAAUUAAAGAAGACAGGACUCAAUCCUCCUCCUGCUCAAAGUUAUGCUGGACCUGGAGAUGUGCCGUGUGAUGUCUGCACUGGGAGAAAGUUCAAAGCUGUGAAAUCCUGUUUGACGUGCCUGGCCUCUUACUGUGAAACACACGUCAAGCCACACUAUGAGGGGGCUGCUUUCAAGAGGCACAAGCUGAUCAAUGCAAUUGGAAAUCUGGAGCAGAAGCUUUGUGAUGAACACCAACGAUUAUGUGAGGUCUUCUGCAGAACCGAUCAGACGUGUAUUUGCUUGUUGUGUACACAAAUUGAACACAAGAGCCAUGAUACAGUCUCAGCUGAGAAAGAAAGGAGUGUGAAACAGAAGCAGCUGGGAGAGACACAGACAGAAAUACAACAGAGAAUCCAGGAGAGACUGAAAGAAAUUAAGGAGCUGAAACAGGCUGUGGAGACACUGAAAAGAUCUGCAUGCAUGGAAAUAAAGGAAAGUGAGAAGAUCUUUACUGAGCUGAUCCGAUCCAUUGAGAAGAUCCACACUGAGGUUAUUGAGCUGAUUGGAGCUAACGAGAAGGCUGCAGUGAAUCAGGCUGAAGGACGCAUUAAGAAACUGGAGCAGGAGAUUGCUGAGCUAAGGAGGAGAAACGCUGAGCUGAAACAGCUUUCAGAGACAGAGGAUCACAUCCAUUUUCUACAGAAUUUCCAGUCUCUCUGUGCCCCUCCUGAAGCUCGAGACUCACCCAGCGUUACUGUCAAUAGAGCCAUCUCUUUUGGAGCUGUGAGGAAAGCUGUAUCUGAACUUAAAGACCAUAUUGAGGACUUCUGCAAAGGGGAAUUAGUCAAAAUAACCAAAACAGUGAAUGAAGUUGCAGUUUACAGUCUGCAGGCUCCAGAGCCAAGGAACAGAGCUGAGUUUUUAAAAUAUUCCUGUCAGCUCACACUGGACCCCAACACAGCGCAUAGAGAGCUCUGUCUGUCUGAAGGGAACAGAAAGGUGACACGGAGGAGAGAGACCCAGAGAUAUCCUGAUCACUCAGAGAGAUUUGAUAGCUGGCCCCAAGUGCUUUGCAGAGAGGGUUUGUCUGGGACUCGCUGUUACUGGGAGAUUGAGAGGAGUGGGAGAGUGGCUUCUAUAGGAGUCACAUAUAAAGGAAUCAGCAGGAAAGGAGGGGAUGAUUCCUGUCUCCUUGGAUACAAUGACAAGUCCUGGAGUUUGGAAUGCUCUGGUUCCAGAUACACUGCCCUGCACAAUAACAAUGGCACUGAAAUAACUGCCCCCCGCUCCCCCAGAAUAGGAGUGUAUCUGGACUUUAAUGCCGGCACGCUGUCCUUUUAUGGCGUCUCUGACACAAUGACCCUCCUGCACAGAUUCCAAACCACAUUCACUGAGCCGCUCUAUCCUGGGUUUUGGCUUCGUUAUGAUUCCUCUGUAACAAUCUGCCAGCUGAACUAGGCUGUUUUGUGUUGUAAGAAACCCUUUGUAUUGAACUCCCUGUCUGUCCUCUCCACUCCUCGGGUGAAGGGAAUGUUCAAUCUGACACAACUUUGGAUGAAAGUUAGGGGGUAAAACGGCGCCACCUGCAGAGCGAAACGAGGUGAAUUAUUUGUUUUUAGCAAUGAAUGGAUUUCAUUUCUUUAAGAAUUGUUAUGUUUUAUAUAAAUUUUAGAAAAUGGCAUCCAAUAGUCAGUGCUGUAACAGUUUUAAAAAAAGUGAACUUAAGUUUGCUUUAUUGUGUGUGUGUUUUUGUUCUUUGAUUUCAAUAAAAUGUUUGUUCUGUUUAUUUUUUCAGAUUUUAGUAAUGUGAUUUAAUAA